AUGGCUAUCGAAGAAUUCCUAGGCACUCGGGCUCAGAAAAUCCUGUUCUCAUGUGUUGUUGUGCAAAGCACAGUUGUCGUUAUCCUGGCCGCCCUCUCUUUUGCCUUUGUCGAAGCAGACAUCGCGAAUAAUACCCUCACCCCCUACAAAACACUUCCGUGCUACUUCUCAGUCUUCGCGCUUGCAGGCAUAUUCACCAUCUAUAUCACCCUCGACGCGCUUUGGAAUCGCAAUGUCAUCACUCUGAUGGGGAUGGUCUUAUUUACAGGUGGUCUCAUCGUCUUCUCCGGAAUACAGAUCCGUGAAGUGAGGAUCGCACUCGAAUACAGCGAUUGCCAGUCACAGCACGUUGCUACUUGCAUGGACCUUUUCAACAUCGUUGAGCGCUUCCUCAUUGUUGUACCCAUUAUCAUUUUCCUCGCCCUCAUUGUGUACUGCUGGUGCACCAGACGCCUCUUUGGAGAGUUUGGUUGGGCGGUGUUUCACAUCAUAGGAGCAGACCCGAAGAUCAAGUACAUGUACCGAUUCCAUGAGGUGUUAGUCUGCUUGCUCAAGUUCGACUACUUCGCUGUGCUGGCCUUGACCAUGCAGCUCACCAUUCUCGACCUUUCGGGAGAUACCGUACAGCAUAUCCUCACCAUCGCCGCUAUCCCCGUAUCCCUCGUUCUCCUCUUUGGUUGCGGUCUAGCAGCCAAGAGAGAGAUCCGGAGCGUCAUGAUCAUUUCCCUCUUCCUUAUGGGGGCUGCGAUGGCAUAUAUCUUAUACAAGAUGACUCGGUUCUGGGUUGGACCGCAAGCGGGCAUCUACACGACAACCCGGGGUACCUUAACUUUCUACUCAAUUGCAUGUAGCCUCAUGCUCGGCGCUACAUUUGGUAUUGGCGUUCGGUGCUUGCUCUUCUUUGGCUGCGGCCUUAAACAAGCACACCAGACCGCCCCUGAGCGUGUCGCAAGGGCGAAGCUAGCGCGGAAGGUCAGCGACUACGAUCCUGAGAAGGAAGGUGCCGCAGGCGGCAUGGAGGGAGGAGCAGCUCUGGAGAGAAGGUUAUCCAUCGACUGAGUGAGCUACGGCUUGCUCAUGUGCCGUUUGAGAAUCAUAUUGUACGAUCCGACAAGACCACAUGAUCUCGGCCGGGCGAUAGGGGCACUCCAUUCACGCAGGCGAAUGAUCACCGACCCGUUUCCCGUUGACAGCGCUUCCUCCUCUUUUCGUUUCUCACUCUUUCACUCCAGUCCUAUCCACUUGUAUCUCCUGCCUGUUUCUCCUCGCUUCGCUAGCUGACCAAUUCUCAUGACGAAAAACACGAGCGCGGAACUCGUCAACGCUCCUGUUACAUACAAUCUUCUUUUACAAUGUCGCCCAAAUGAAACAUGCU